AUGGAGAACUUAGCCAAUUAUUACAUUGACGUUUCCUAUGAACAGGCUGAAGACCUACUCAGACUAGAAGACCAAGAUGGUGCCUUCCUAAUCAGACCUAGUCAUCGUGUACCGGGCACAUUCGCAUUAUCAAUAAGAUAUCGCAACAAAUUCUUCCAUCAUAGGAUAAAAGUAUUUCAUGGCCGAUUUGUGUGUGAAGGAUUUACCGAAAAGACUUUCAGCAGUAUGGACGAACUGGUAAAGCAUUUCAGGCAGCCUAACCAAGGCUUAGCGCAUCCCCUUACUAAGUCAGUCUCUCCACCAACACCAACAGAAGAAGAUGAAUCAAAUUAUGAAAACAGCUUAAAAACAUUACUUAAAGAGAUCGCUAACAGGAGUAUACCUUCCUUAGGAUACUCUAAUGAACAUACCAAAUUGAUGCAAACCUAUUUUGAAAAAGAAGUAUUAGACGACUUAAAUGACAUUAAAACAAAUAACAGCGGUCGUUGUACGAAAUUUGAAAAACUAUUAGCUUUGUUGUCAAAGCAACUGAACAGCGAGAUUGAUCACUUUAAUGGUUACUUGGACACUAUGGCACAGAUUACAACUAGGAUUGCGCAGCCCGCUCCGGAUUCACUGGACUUCCUUUAUCGAAUACGACCUGAUAACGAUGAUUCACCCAUGGAACUGACUGUUGAUGCGGUAGUCAAUAAGUUGUCUUCUUGCCGGCAAUUAUUACAAAACGUUAAUGACCAGUUCUUUAAACUACUGAAAGCUGACGUUGAUGCUGAUAAUCCCUCAUCAUCUGGUUCAAAUAGUGGAGAUUCUGCAAUGAUAACUGAUCAUACAUCUAGUAACGAAAGUGACGAUAUUCACCCAGCAAGGACUUCAGAUGAUGAUCAUGAUCCUGCUACAAGACAAUCUCCGGAUGCAGAUGAACCUCGGGAAGUUCGUUUGCCGAAUCGAUCUUACAAAGUAAUUGUCCUAUCCGAAAAGAGAAAAACCACCGAAGCCGCAAUUAAAAUAGAUUUUAGCAAGAGACAACUGGAAAUUUUGCUUAGUUCGGAAGAAGGAACGGUUAUUUCUAAAACCCUCCCCUCAGAAAUUUAUCGCGUUAUUAAAGAUCCGGAAGACUUUCAGAAAUUGAAAUUAAUCUUCGGUAAAGGCAAAUUUAGCCGGCAGCAUAUUUUUCGAUUUCCAGAUGCGCGCUCAGCGCAACAGUUUUUCUCUGGCGUAGAGAGUUUAAAAGACCCAGAUACAUCUAAACACAGCGAUAAAAUCAAUAUCUUUGUUGGUACAUGGAAUAUGGGUGGUAAACGUCCACCAGAUGAUAUACAAUCAUGGCCGCUGUGUCACGGCCAAGGCAUAAAACUGAACAAGAAAGCUGAUAUAGCAUUUGAUAUCUAUGCUUUCGGUACACAGGUACAAGUGAAUAGCUUAUGGGGAAUUAGGAUUGUAAUAUUAUGCCGGCCAGAAGUUGCUUUCCGAAUUACUGACGUUAAAUCCGCUCAAGUUAGGACUGGAGCAGGAGGCACACUCGGUAAUAAAGGCGGUGUAGCCGUAUCAUUUCGAUUAGACGAUACAAAUUUUUGUUUCAUCAAUAGUCAUUUAGCUGCGAGAGUUGAAGAAAAGAAAAGGCGACAAGAUAACGUUCAAGCCAUUGCCCGUAAUUUAUGCUUGGGAGACCUAAAUCCAAAUAUAACGGACGUUACACAUCAGUUUCAUCAUAUCUUUUGGUUUGGCGAUUUGAAUUAUAGAUUAGAGAUGGCUGUUCCGGAAGCCAAUAAUGGUAUUUCCUGUAGAAAUUUUGCCAAAUUAUUUCAAGUAGACCAAUUGCAUCAAGAGAAGUUGAAUGGCAGUGUAUUUACUGAUUGGCGUGAAAGAGAACUGAAUUUUCCCCCAACUUAUCGCUUAGUGGUUGGUAAAGAUGAUGCAUAUGAUUGUUUCAAGAGGAGACCAGGAGGCAGAAACGCAAUUAAUACACCUUCUUGGUGUGAUCGUAUCUUAUGGAAGUCGUAUCCAAGUCUUGCUAUGGAAUGUAUAUCAUACGGAUCCGUUCAUGAUAUACUGACAAGCGAUCAUUUGCCUGUUUUUGGAUUGUACCAAACUGAUGUUAAUAGUAACCGUUUGGUCGAUAUUAUGAAAAAGCUCAAUUAUAAUCCGCAUAAGAUGCCCGCGUAUAUUGCAAUAUUGAAUGCUCAUGCUGCGAUCCGUUCAGUUAAACGCUAUGUUGCUCAUUUCACUUUAGAAUUUGUUUCGUCCUGUUUAGAAGAUCCCGUAGAAAGCGCACCUAAUACCUCAGGAUGGCAAAUAAAUUCAAUUACUUCACAAAUACCCCAUUCAUCAAUCCCAUCAAAUCAAAUCCAUCUUUGUCCGCUGUGGGAAUCUUCUGAUCUUCCUAACAGGAUGAAAGCAAAAUACCCUUUUGAUGAAUAUCUUGAACGCCAAUCGCUUUUAGUAUCUUUAAAAACAAGUGAUAAUGGAGAAUAUUUGGGCGCUUGUCACGUUCCAUUAACAACUUUCAUGACACAUGAAAGCAAAAGCUAUGUAGCAAGUUUGACACUCUAUGGGGAAGAGAUUGGCAAGCUCGAAAUUAGUGGUUAUAUCACUCGAUAA